AUGGCGGACAUCUCGUGGGCGUUCGAGGCGUCGCUGCGCGCGCAGCGGUGGCUGGACGCGCAGACGCGCGACGCGGCGCUGCGCAAGGUGCGCGCCGUGCGCAUGCUCGUGGGCGGGCCCCCGCACCUCGCGGACUGGUUCGACACGGACGAGUACUACGCCAACUUGACGCUGCAUGAUGACACAUUUCUGGACGAUCUACUGGCAAUUAUCGAUUUCCGGUACAACAAAAAGCUGCAAAGAUUACACAAUAAACACCAUCUUACAGAGUAA